ACAUCCGCAGCUUUGGGAAAAACAGUUGAGCAGGCUAGUGUCUGCUGAUUACUCAACCGCAAGGAAUCAAAUCAGUGCAUGUUCCGUUUUUUUACGUGAAAAAUCCUGCAAACCGCUAAAAAGCAGCUUCUCCGCCAGCAGCCAGGCCAGAAGGUCCUUCCUUUCCCUUUGCUUCAACAUUUUCAUACAUAUAGCAUAUAAUGCCGAGCGCCGUGGCUAUUGACACUAAGGAGGCUAAGUCUCCUGUGACCAGCAAGGUCGAAAAGAUCAAGGCCGACAAGAAGGACAAGAAGGAGAAGGAGAAGGAGAAGAAGGAGAAGAAAGACAAGAAGGAAAAGAAGGAAAAGAAGGACAAGAAGAGUAAGAAGCGGCAUAGCAGCAGCGACGAGGACAGCCAGACGGCAAAGAAGACCAAGACAUCACCGGCCGAGGUGAGCAUUGCCGACGCCAAGAAGUUCUACGAGGAGAACAGCAUCUCGGUCACGGGUGACGACUCGUUCAUGCCGUACCUGAACUUCUCCAACACACCCUUCGGCUCGGACAUUCUGCAGGCGUGUGCAAAGUUCGACAAGCCGACGCCAAUCCAGGCGGCGUGCUGGCCGGUCAUCUGCGCGAACCGCGAUGUAAUCGGCAUUGCUGAAACGGGCUCGGGCAAGACAUUUGCGUUCACGCUGCCGGCUCUGAACUACCUGAAGAACACAUUCGGCACCAAGGCACAAAAGUGCAAGAAGCCCCACGUGCUGAUUGUGUCGCCAACGCGCGAACUGGCGAUCCAGACGCACGAGCAGGUGGAGGCAGCUGGCAAACUGCUGGGUAUCCAGUCGGUGUGCCUGUACGGUGGGUCACCAAAGCACGAGCAGAAGAGCAUGCUCAGGAACCAGAAGCCGGCGGUGAUUGUGGCGACGCCUGGGCGGCUGAUCGAUCUGAUUGAGACCGACCAGGCGCUGGAUCUGUCGGACGUGUCGUUCCUUGUGCUGGACGAGGCUGAUCGCAUGCUGGACCAGGGAUUCGAGCGCGACAUCCGCAAGAUUAUCGGCAUGGCGCGGCAGGGGGAGCAGCGGCACACGGUGAUGUUCAGCGCGACGUGGCCGCAGACGGUGCGCAAGCUGGCCGACGACUUCCUGAUCCGCCCUGUGCGCGUCUCGAUUGGCUCAGACGAGCUGGCUGUCAACGAGCGCGUCGAGCAGAUCGUCGAGGUGCUGGACCCGGACCGCAAGGAGCGGCGGCUGAUGGAGCUCCUGCAAAAGUACCACAAGUCGCGCAAAAACCGCAUUCUGAUUUUUGCUCUCUACAAGAAGGAGGCCGCGCGCAUUGAGGCCACGCUGCGGCGGCAGGGGUACAACUGCGUGGGAAUCCACGGCGACAAGGCCCAGGCGCAGCGCCUGCAGGCCAUCGAGUCGUUCCGCGACGGUAGCAUCCCGCUGCUGAUUGCCACCGACGUGGCGGCCCGCGGUCUGGACGUGCCUGAUGUCGAGUAUGUUAUCAACUACACGUUCCCGCUGACCAUCGACGAGUUCACUCACCGCUGUGGCCGCACGGCACGUGCUGGCAAGACCGGCGUGGCCCACACGUUCUUCACGGUCCACGACAAGGCCCAUUCGGGCGAGCUUAUCAACACGCUGCGGGCGGCCAACAUGCCGGUGCCCGACAACCUGCUCAAGUUCGGCACCACCGUCAAGAAGAAGCAGCACUCGGCCUACGGUGCGUUCUUCAAGGACGUUGACGAGGCGGCCAAGCCCACCAAGAUCGUCUUUGACUAGUUAUGUGAAAAUACACUGCUGAAGCUGUUUUUUUUU